AUGUUGAGAGUUUUUACAAUACUAAUAAUAUGUUUACAUGUGUGUUGUGCUUCUAGUGAUUGUACAAGUCACGAUGAUCAUGGCUCUGUUUCUCAAGAAGAAGCAGAGAAAGCAACAAAGCUUAAGCUCGGUUCGAUCGCUCUGCUUCUUGUGGCCGGAGGAGUCGGCGUGAGUCUACCGUUGAUCGGGAGAAAGAUUCCGGCGCUACAACCCGAAAACGAUGUCUUCUUCAUGGUGAAAGCUUUUGCGGCAGGAGUGAUCCUAUGCACUGGUUUUGUUCAUAUCUUACCAGACGCUUUCGAUAGAUUAAGCUCGCCAUGUCUCGAGGAUACGGUAGCUGGAAAGUUCCCGUUCGCGGGUUUCGUAGCGAUGCUGUCGGCUAUGGGGACUCUUAUGAUUGAUACUUUCGCGACGGGGUAUUAUAAGAGGCAACUUUUUAGCAGUAACAAUGGUAGCAAGCAAGUGAACGUAGUAGACGAAGAAGAGCAUGCGGGUCAUGUUCAUGUGCACACGCACGCGAGCCACGGACACGCACAUGGCUCGACUGAGUUGAUCAGGAGACGGAUAGUGUCGCAGGUUCUUGAGAUUGGGAUAGUUGUGCAUUCGGUUAUAAUAGGAAUAUCGCUUGGAGCUUCACAAAGUAUAGAGACCAUAAAGCCACUCAUGGCUGCUCUUUCUUUCCAUCAGUUCUUCGAAGGACUUGGACUCGGUGGAUGCAUAUCCCUUGCGGAGUUGAAGUCGAAAUCGACGGUGAUAAUGGCGACAUUUUUCUCGGUGACGGCACCGGUUGGGAUAGGGAUAGGAAUGGGGAUGUCAAGUGGUUUAGGAUACAGGAAAGAGAGCAAAGAGGCAAUAAUGGUGGAAGGAAUGUUGAAUGCUGCAUCUGCUGGGAUUCUCAUUUACAUGUCACUUGUUGAUCUGCUUGCUCCUGAUUUCGUCAACCCGAGAUUACAAUCCAAUCUCUGGCUUCACUUGGCGGCCUUUCUCUCUCUUCUCCUCGGCGCUGGUUCCAUGUCUCUCCUCGCCAUUUGGGCAUAA